AUGGGGAAAGCCCUGGUUAUGGAGUUUAACACAUACGAAGAACUUAACCUUAUGCCUUGGUGGUUUUACGUUGGUAUGAAUAUGCUGUUUAUGUCUUCUGUUACUCAAAACGUUUGGUUUGGUCCAUUGAUAGACCAUAAACCAUUCAUUAAGCAUAACCAAAAAACACGAGUCUGUGCUUACUUUUCCACAAAGAAAAUUUGUAGGAAGCUUCAUGCAAUGUAUUUUCUUGGUGUUAUGGAAUUUGACAAGUACGUCAAGACUGAGUGUGCCAUUUUCAAUGAAUUUUUAGGAAACAAGAUGGAGUGGAAAUGGUUGUGGGUGGUUUUGGUAGCAUUCCUAUUAGGAAGGUGUUAUGAAUGUGAAAGGUGCUGGGAGCAAGAAAAAAUUACUCUCUUGCAACUCAAACCUUUCUUUACUCAUAUUGAAGAUGUAAAGAAUUAUUGGGUGGAUGAGGGAAAACAGAGUUCAGAUUGUUGUCGGUGGAAAAGGGUUGAGUGCAACACCUCCACUGGACGAGUAAUCCGACUCUUCCUUAAUUUUACAAUUACUGUAGUCUAUGGUGAUUUAGUUGAUAAUUAUUAUCAUCAUCAUUAUUAUAUUUAUUAUUUGGAAGAGUAUGAUUGGAGUGGGAAAGAUUCUUGGUAUCUCAAUGCCUCUUUGUUUCUUCCUUUUGAGGAAUUGAAGAGUCUUUAUUUGGGUGGCAAUUCCAUUGCUGGUUGUAUUGACAAUCAAGGUUUUGAAAGGCUGUCAUUGAAAUUAGACAAACUUGAGAUCCUUGACUUAAGUGUUAAUCAAUUUAAUGAUAGCAUUUUAGCAUCCUUAAGUGAACUUUCAUCACUCAAGUCUUUAAAUCUAGCAGAAAACACAUUCACCGGGUCAAAUCCUAUAGAAGGUAUGAAGAGGUUAUCAAAAUUGAACAAGUUAGAGACUUUGGAUUUAUAUGGCAAUGAAUUCAAUAAUUUGACAAACUUAAAAGAGUUGUAUUUAGGCGAAAAUCAAAUUGAGAGUCUCGGAUCUUUAUUCCAAAGUAAUGAACAAUUGAGGUUGAUCAAACUUGAGGUGCUUGGUUUAAGUGAAAAUCUCUUCAACAAGAGCAUAUUCUCAUCCCUUGCUAUGCUUUCAAAUUUGAAGUCUUUGUAUAUAAAAAGUAACAAAUUGGAUGGGCCGAUACAUAUUAAAGAAUUAAAUGCUUUGACCAAUUUAGUGGAAUUAGACAUCUCGGGUAAUCAAGUGAAUGGCUUUGUUCCAUCCAAAGAUAAUGAAACGGAACUAAGGUUGAUCAAUCUGGAAGUGCUUCAUUUGUAUUGGAAUCUCUUCAAUUGUAGCAUAUUGUCAUCUCUUGGUAGACUUUCAAAUCUAAAGUCUUUGUCUUUAGGAGGCUACAACUUGAAAGGAUCAAUAGAUCUUAAAGGGUUAGAUGCUUUGAACAACUUGGAGAAUCUAUUUAUAUCUUGCUAUUACACCAGAGCUUGUAGCCUUUCACCACAAUCGCUGGACUUAUUCCCAUCAUUGAAGACUCUUUAUUUGGAAGGUUUUAGUUUUAAUGGAACACUGACUACCCAAUGGCAAAAUUUGACGAGUUUGGAAGAGUUGAUGUUAGAAGAUUCAUUUUUCCCUUCUAAUUUUAUUCAAGAUAUUGGAAUGCUAACUUCCCUUAAAAAUUUGUCCAAUUCAUUUGAAGAAUUUGGAAUCCUUGGUCAUAGGGGACGCUUCCCUGGAAAACAACUUUCUUCAAAAAAUUGGAGCAAUGCCUUCUCUCAAGAAUCUAGAAUUAUGGGACUGCGGACUCAAUGGCACCUUACAUUCCCAAGGUUGAGAUUGAUAUACACCUUACCUUUGUUUUAA